CCGACCACAGUGGGAACACCCCCCCACCCCAGACCCUUACGGGCAGUGCCAGGCCCGAGCCGCCCCGCCCCGCCCCGGGAGCAGCGCUGGGGGCGGGACGGGACGGGGCGGGGCCAGCGCAGGGUGCUGGCUGCGGGGCCCCAGGUCCCAACGCCCGGCCCGCUCGCGGCCGCGUGGGAGAAGCGGGGCUCGACGGCGCGGCCACCCGGCGGCCAUGGCCACGCACGGGAAGCUGCGCCGGGAGCGAGGGCCGCAGGCCGACUAUGAGGCGCAAGUCAAAGAGAUGCGCUGGCAGCUGGGCGAGCAGCUGCGCUGCCUGGAGCUGCAGGGCGAGCUGCGGCGGGAGCUGCUGCAGGAGCUGGCCGAGUUCAUGCGGCGGCGCGCCGAGGUGGAGCUGGAGUACUCGCGGGGCCUGGACAAGCUGGUGGAGCGCUUCUCUGGCCGUGGAGGCCGCCUGGGGGGCGGCAGCCGGGAGCAGCAGAGCUUCCGGAAGGAGCCGUCCCUCCUGUCGCCCUUGCACUGCUGGGCCGUGUUGCUGCAGCAGACGCGGCAGCAGAGCCGGGAGAGCGCGGCCCUUAGCGAGGUGCUGGGUGGGCCCCUGGCCCAGCGCCUGAGUCACAUCGCGGAGGAUGUUGCGCGCAUAGUCAAGAAGAGUAAGGAUCUGGAGCAACAGCUGCAGGAGGAGCUCCUGGAGGUGGUGUCAGAGCUUCAGACGGCCAAGAAGACAUACCAGGUGUACCACGUGGAGAGCAUGAAUGCCGAGGCCAAGCUCCGGGAAGCUGAGCGACAGGAGGAGAAGCGGGCAGGCCGAAGUGCUGCCGCCACCACGGGCACCGAGGCAGGGCCUCUCCGCAAGGGCUCCCUCAAGAAGGGAGGGCGGCUGGUGGAGAAGCGUCACGCCAAGUUCUUGGAGCACAAGCUCAAGUGCACAAAGGCUCGCAACGAGUACCUGCUGAGCCUGGCCAGCGUCAAUGCUGCCGUCAACAGCUACUACCUGCAUGAUGUGCUGGACCUCAUGGACUGCUGUGACACGGGAUUCCACCUGGCCCUGGGGCAGGUGCUCCGGAGCUACACGGCAGCUGAGAGCCGCACCCAAGCCUCCCAGAUGCAGGGCCUGGGCAGCCUGGAGGAGGCAGUAGAGGCUCUAGAUCCUCCUGGGGACAAAGCCAAGGUGCUGGAGGUGCAUGCAGUUGCCUUCUGUCCCCCGCUGCGUUUUGACUACCAGCCCCACGAGGGGGAUGAGGUGGCUGAGAUCCGGGUUGAGAUGGAGCUGCGAGACGAGAUUCUACCCAGAGCCCAGAAUAUCCAGAGCCGCCUGGACCGACAGACCAUUGAGACAGAGGAGGUGAACAAGACGCUGAAGGCCACCUUGCAGGCCCUGCUGGAGGUGGUGGCGUCUGAGGACGGGGAUGUGCUCGACUCCUUCCAGGCCAGCCCCUCCACCGAAUCGCUCAAGUCUACCAGCUCGGACCCUGGGGCUCGGCAGGCCAGCCGGAGGCGGGGGCAGCAGCAGGAGACAGAGACUUUCUACGUCACGAAACUCCAGGAGUACCUGAGUGGACGAAGCAUCCUUGCCAAGCUGCAGGCCAAGCAUGAGAAGCUGCAGGAGGCCAUUCAGCGAGGUGACAAGGAGGAGCGGGAGGUGUCUUGGACCCAGUACACACAGAGAAAACUCCAGAAGAGCCGUCUCCCCCGCCCCAGCUCCCAGUAUAACCAGAAGCUCUUCGGGGGAGACAUGGAGAAGUUCAUCCAGAGCUCAGGCCAGUCCGUGCCCCUGGUGGUGGAGAGCUGUGUCCGCUUCAUCAACCUCAACGGCCUGCAGCAUGAGGGCAUCUUCCGCGUGUCGGGUGCCCAGCCCCGGGUUUCGGAGAUCCGUGACGCUUUUGAGAGAGGAGAGGACCCACUGGUGGAGGGCUGCACUGCCCAUGACCUGGACUCCGUGGCAGGGGUGCUGAAGCUCUACUUCCGGAGCCUGCAACCCCCGAUAUUCCCCCCAGACCUGUUCGGAGAGCUGCUGGCUUCUGCGGAGCUGGAGGCCGCGGCGGAGCGGGUGGAGCAUGUGAGCAGCCUCCUGGCCCGACUGCCUGGACCGGUGCUGGUGGUCCUGCGCUACCUCUUCACCUUCCUCAACCACCUGGCCCAGUACAGCGACGAGAACAUGAUGGACCCCUACAACCUGGCCGUGUGCUUUGGGCCGACGCUGCUGCCCGUCCCUGCUGGGCAGGACCCGGUGGCCUUGCAGGGUCGGGUGAACCAGCUGGUGCAGACGCUCAUCGUGCAGCCCGCGCGGGUCUUCCCGUCCCUGGCCCUGCUGCCCGGCCCCACCUAUGAGAAGUGCAUGGCACCGCCUGCUGCCAGCUGCCUGGGGGAUGCCCAGCUGGAGGGCCCCGCGGGGGAGAACGAGCCGGAGCUGGAGGCUGGAACCCCAGCCCAGGAGGAUGACCUGGAGGGGGUCGUGGAGGCAGUGGCCUGCUUUGCCUACACGGGCCGCACGGCCCAGGAGCUGACCUUCCAGCGCGGGGACGUGCUGCGGCUGCACGAGCGGGCCUCAGGCGAUUGGUGGCGGGGCGAGCGCGCCGGGACCCGGGGACUCAUCCCCCACAAGUACAUCACGUUGCCGGCAGGGGCAGAGAAGCUCGCAGCAGGCCAGGGGCUGCAGGCUGCCGGGGAGCCGGGGGGCAGCCCAGAGGGCCUCCCGGCUGUGGAGUUUGUCCAGAGGCCGGAGCUGUGCGCCCCACCCGAGGCCCCUCUCAGCACGCCCGGGGGCCCCUCUGGGCACAGACGGCACUGCUUGGUCCCCACAUCCCCAGAUCGACACGUGGAGGUGGAUAAGGCCGUGACGCAGACCAUGGACUCUGUAUUUAAGGAGCUCUUGGGAAAGACCGCUGCCCGUCAGGGCCUCGGGCCGGUGUCCACCAGCUCCCCUAGUCCUGGGCCGCGCAGCCCGAAGCCCACGGCCUGCGGCCGCCUUGGCAAACACAAAGGCUUCUCCCGUGGCCCUGGGGCCCCAGCCUCACCCUCGGCCUCCCAUCCCCAGGGCCUGGACUCACCCCUCAAGCCGCACUGAGGUGGUGCCCGCUCCUCCGCAGGCCCCACCCCGCCCAGGCGGCCACGGGCGAGACCAGCUGGGCUCCCCAGGCCCUUUGCUUCUCCCUGGCCCUGUCCAGCACGCCUGCUCAUGACCCUCUGCAGAGAGGAGGACGCGGCCGCCGCCGCCCACCCCUGCCUCGCCCGCCUUGGCUCAGGCCCCUGUAGGAGGCAGCCGAGGGGGGAGGCUGGGGGCAGGCCCCUCCUGGGUUGGCCGGAAGGGCCCGUCACUGGUUGUCAGGUGGUGGGUGCCGUUCAUAAACUCUUGUGCGUUG